AUGAUUGAAGCUGAGUGCACCCAGGUAGACGUCACGUCUGUGCACAGUCCUACAGGACUGCCUUGGAUGAGGCUCGUACAAGCAGCUGCCAAUAGCAAGGAGCAAAACUUGGAAGCUUACUUAGAAAACAGUCAGUUAUAUUAUCGCUCUACCAGGAAAAUCAAUAAAAAUGAGGAGCUACUUGUCUGGUAUGAUGAAGAGCUUUCCAGUCUCUUGGGUUUCAAUGAGAUAAAAACUCAGAGUCCCCAGAAUGAGAUGAUAUGCCAAGAAUGCAACCGAGUCUUCAGAUGUGAGCAUUCCUAUCUGUCCCACGUCCGCUUCCUGUGCAUCCCAGAGAAGAGUGCCCUAUGGAGGAGCUUCCAGGGUGAAAAAGGCACCUUAGCGGAGCAGAACAUGAAUUUCCACAGCCUGGCAAAGGAUCUAGAGGUCAAAAUGACAGCUUGCAAAGAUGAUGCUCGUGGUCUCACUGGAGAAAAGAGAGCAAAAUCAGAAGAGGCUGAGAACAACAGGAGCAGGAAAACAGUGUUGUUGGAGAAAACAAAUAAUCUGAGUGAGGAACAUAACUGUGGGGGCAAGGAAGAGGCUGGAGGAGAGCAUGCACCAGCUGGUUCUUUCUGGAAGCCGAGUUCAGGAAGGCAGUCAGCUAGGAAGGAGGCUUUUGAGCAGAAGCAGAGUGCUUUCACUGAGGUCAGGACGACAAAGGAGAAGCUGAGGAAUGAGAGACCCAAAGAGUCAGACCAGGAGGAUGGCACAGUUCCCACUGGUAAGGAGCAGGUAUCAAAGGAGGCAUUGCUGAACUCCUCUGGUAGUGCAUUCUCCUUUGUGUGGCCCGCCAGAGGCCAAGGAGAGCAGAAAAGUGCUUUCAGCAAGCCCAGUAAAUGUCUUGCAGAAAGAGUGGCAAUAAAUUCUUCUCAUCCCAUGAGUGAGUCACCAAAGAGCCUGGGGGAGCUGUCUGGCUUCAUCGCCACCACAGACAUCAUGUGCUGCAGCACUCUUCUCAAUUCCAAGUUCUUUGUCAGUGAUUUGUGUAAUGCUCAGAUGCUGCAGACUAGCAUCAUUCGGGGAAAUGUUUUCCCUUAUAGCUCAGAACCAUGGCACAAGCAAGCAGGACAGUUACAGAAUACAACCACUACUUCUUCCUCCACUUCCACCUCCUCCUCCUUGACUCUUCUUCCCCCCACCUUCACAUCCUUUGGAGUGGCUGCCCAGAACUGGUGUGCCAAAUGCAACCUAUCCUUUCGCAUGACUUCCGAUUUAGUCUUCCACAUGCGGUCACAUCACAAAAAAGAAUACUCUUCAACUGAAUCCCAGAGCAAGAGGAGACGGGAGGAGAAGCUCACAUGUCCCAUUUGUCAUGAGUACUUCCGAGAACGCCAUCAUUUGUCCCGGCACAUGACCUCUCACAAUUAGAGCUGUGCAGAUGGGUCUCACCAAGGGACUGGGCAGGUUGGGUAGAGCAGGGGGACAUCGUUCAUUUGUAUCCAUUUCUUUUUUGCGUUUACAUUAAUUUCUUACAGAAAAUCACUGUUUACAGUAAUUUAUAAUCGAUGCUUUGCAAAAAAAAAUAUGAUAUGUUUACAAAAGUCUGAGUGGGUUGUAAGUUU